GUGUGCCUGCUCACACGCCGGGGAGCCGAGCUGGGAGCAGGAGCCCUGAGACACUCUCGGCCAGGGGACGUAUGGCAAGGAGGGGCUCGGCAGAUUAACCCCAGUCCGAGCCGGUCCGCGGUCGCCCCGUGUCGUGCACGCUCAGGUGAAGUGCAGCCCCCUGUCCCCCCGAGCCCCACGGUCUGAUCGCAGCCAUGCUUCACUCUCCACUGAAAACAGCCCUGGCAUAUGAAUGCUUCCAAGACCAGGCCAGUUCCACGCUGGCUCUGCCCUCGGACCACAAGCUGAAGACCAAGGGCACGGGAAAGCAGCGGGUCCAGGAGCAGGUGAUGAUGACGGUGAAGCGGCAGAAGCAGAAGUCGUCCGUGUCAUCGAGCGUGGGCCACUCGAACAGAGGUUCCAUGUAUGAUGGUUUAGCUGAUGGUUAUGGCUACGGGACAUCCCGGGGCAGCUACUACACCAAAACCCAAACAGGGAACAGCAGCUGGGGAUACCCGCUGUACAACGGGACCCUGAAGCGGGACGUGGAGAACAGGCGCUACAGCUCCUACAGCCAGAUGGAGGGCUGGGGCAACAAACACUACGGCAAGGCCGUGUGCAGCCCCCGCGCCGGCAGCGACUACUGCUUCGUGCAGAACAUCAAGAGCAGCCGCAGCGAGCCCGACCUCUACUGCGAACCCCCCCGGGGCACCCUCAGGAAGAGCCAGGUCGGGGGCCGGGCCGAGCACAAGACGACCCUGAACCGUCAGAGCAUCUACAGCAGCUGCAGCACCCAGCAAGGAACUACCAGGACAAGUAAAAAAAUGCCAGCACGGGCCCUCUCCUGCCCCUCCAGCAACAAGCCCGACGUGGUCUAUGCCCAGCCGGUGAUGAGCUGCAAGCAGGACGCGGUUUAUGGGCAGGCUCAGUCCAGCUCCAAAAUGUGUGGUGAUGAGAUAGAUGCCGGGACAAUGACCAUCCAGAAAGCCAUACAGCUCCUGUGCUCCUCUGAUGACAAAUACCAGGCCAUGGGUGCUUACUACCUCCAGCACACCUGCUUCCAGGAUGAGUCUGCCAAGCAAGAGGUCUAUCGGCUGGGGGGCAUCGCCAAGCUCGUGGAGCUGCUGCGCAGCACGAACCAGAACGUCCAGCGGGCAGCAGCCGGGGCCCUCCGGAACCUGGUCUUCAAGAAUCCAACCAACAAGAUCGAAACCCGGCGGCAGAACGGGAUACGGGAGUGCGUGAGCCUCCUCCGGAGGACGGGGAACACCGAAAUCCAGAAGCAGCUGACAGGAUUGCUCUGGAACCUCUCCUCCACUGAUGAAUUAAAAGAAGAAUUGAUACAGGAGGCCCUCCCUGUCCUGACAGACUGUGUUAUCAUCCCUUUUUCUGGCUGGUCUGACAGCAGCUGCAAUAGGACAAGAGAAAUUAUUGACCCAGAGGUGUUCUUCAAUGCCACAGGGUGUUUGAGAAACCUGAGUUCUGCAGACAUGGGGCGCCAGACCAUGAGGAAUUACCCUGGUUUGAUUGAUUCUGUCAUGACUUAUGCCCAGAACUGUGUGGCUUCCAACCGACCUGAUGAUAAGUCUGUGGAGAACUGCAUCUGCAUCCUGCACAACCUCUCCUACCGCCUGGAUGCCGAGGUUCCCAACAAAUACACCCAGCUCAACCACAUGGCCCGCAGCGUUUACAUGGACAAAACUCUCACAGGCUGUUUCAACAGCAGGAGUGGGAAAAUGGAGAAUGAUGAGUAUGGUGUCCCCCUUCCCGAGGAGGAUUUUAAACCCAAAGGACCCAGCUGGCUCUACCACUCCGAUGCCAUCCGCACCUACCUGUCCCUGAUGGAUCAGAGCAAGAAGGAUGCCACCCUGGAAGCUUGUGCUGGAGCUCUGCAGAACCUCACUGCGAGCCGAGGGCUGAUGUCCAACGCCAUGAGCCAGUUGAUUGGCCUGAAGGAGAAGGGAUUGCCUCGCAUCGCACGGCUCCUCCAGUCCAACAGCUCCGAAGUCGUCCGCUCUGGGGCCUCUUUGCUGAGCAACAUGUCCCGGCACCCUGUUCUCCACAAAACCAUGGCUCACCAGGUGCUCCCAGAUGUAUCACGUCUCCUGUCGUUCCAGUCUGGAAACACCAGCAGCUAUGGAGAGAUCAUGACAUCAGCUUGUUACACUCUGAGGAACCUCAUCAUGUCCAACCCCCACCUGGGAAAGUCUUACUUGUCAAGCAACAUGCUCAAUAAUGUAGUGAGCCUGUGCCGAAAUGGCUCCUGUCCAAAGGCGGCCGAAGCCGCUCGCCUCCUCCUGACAGAUCUCUGGUCCAACAGGGAGCUCCAGAGUGUGCUCAAGCAGCAAGGGUUUGAUAAGAACAUGAUGGGAUCUUUAGCUGGAACGACCUUCAGGACCCUCUCUUCCAGAUUUUAGGAGCCUCUCCAUGCACGUUCAGGCUGAAGAAUUUGGAAUUGGUUCAUGUCCAAGAAGACAACCCUUCCACGAUUACUUAGGAAGUUAAAGGUGUAGAAUGUUUCUGAGUUUAACUCAACUGUAAAGCAAACUAAACAUGUGGAUUUCAUGUGGAUGAUACUGAUAUUUUUAAGCAUUUUCUUCUUUUUAGCGGGAGAAGGGACUUUUAUAUACUUUCUUGAGGUCAAUAAUUAUUUUUUUUGCCAAGAGUGUGUCUGUGUAAGUCUGUGCUGUGCAUGUGUGUGCAGGCAGCACACGGGCACAUGCCGUGAGUAGGAUCUUCCUGCAGGCUUAGUCCCCUGCCCUCCUCCCAAAAUCGUGCAGUUUAACCCCCUUGCAGACUUUUAUUCCAAUUCCACCCAAUCCAUGUACCAAACACUGCCACACUACAAAUCUGUCACGACCCAUUUUUAUCCACAAAUACAAAAAAAUGUCAGUUUUAGGCCGAGUUCCCCCCGUUGCUCAUGGCUGUUACCAACAGACACACACACAUCCCUGCUCUUCUUUCCAAGGCUGGUUAUUCCCAACCUUUAUGAACAUGGGUUUCUUCUCCGCUUAGCAUUUUUUUCUCUGAUAGUUAUUUAGUAUUUUUCUUUCCUGUCACAUGAACUCUUUGUCUCAAGAAGCAAAUUGACACCUGCAAAUACUCUCCCGGGUCUCAGUAACCCUUCUCUGAAGCUGAAUAUUGAGGGGACAGUUGCAACACAUCUGCAGAGCAGGAGCAUUCCUGGGUCCUGAUCCACUCUGAGCACCAGAACAACUCAAUCUCGUGACUGAACCUGGACAAACGUGGCAUUUGAGAAGCAGAGCAGGACAGGCAAAGUGGUUUUUCCCCCAGGAUCACUGACUGCCAUACGAGAAUGAAAAAUGAGGGAUUUUUAAUCACAUUUUGGUUUUAAUGAUCAAUGUAAAGAAGUAGUAUUAAUGUGCAAAGGAAUGUAAGCAUUUGUGUGAUGUCAGGUUUGGAAAUAUUUUUAUUUCUUGGGAUCUUUAAUUGCAUGAAUCUCCCUGUGAUGCUGAGGCUGUGAUAGGGGACUGCUGAGUUCAUUUUAGGGCAACCCAGUUCUUAUGACUGUUGUCCCUCCAGGAGAAAAACAUCCUCUACGUGUCCCUGGAGGGAACACAGCUCAGAUCCACAGGUAGAGGACCAGCUGAAGAUGCAUUUGCUGGCUGUCCCACACAUGUGGUUAUUGUGAUGGUUAUUCUUCAAACUGUGCAAGGGCUCAGGACCCCACUUUUCAAACAUCAGGGGUUCAGGAUGUGCUUUGGGAUGGAUGGAUUAUUAGCCUAGAAAUGGAAAAAUGGUCUCAUUUUUUGCAGGUGUCAGACUCCCAGAUCAGUGGGAAUCAGCCUGUCCCUGUUCCCAUCCACGGGGUGAUUUGUGCCAGCUGAAGAAACACCCAUGAGGUUGAGAUUUGCUCUGGCACAGCUCCAGAGCUAAGAGACAGGGUGGCACUUGUUGGUCCCCCCUCUAGAGCACAGGGAGCUCAUGUACACAGAGGGAGACUCUCUACCAGCUGGUUUUCCUCUUGGACUACAAAGGGUGGCUUAAUCUAGUGCACUUUAAUGAGCAGCAGCUCUUUGCCUGCCUUCACCCACGUUCAGUCGAGAGCUUUCUGUGCCGAGCUCGCAGCCAAAUGAGAAAGGGAAAAAAGCACCUUUGAAGUGGAGAGUUAGAACCAGGAGAAUCUGGUAGGACAGUUUCAGGAGCGUUUAAAUAGCAGCUCAGGAGCCCCAGCCCGUGGGCAGGCCCUUGCCAGCAGUUCCCUCACUGGAUGUGUAUUCCCAGAUGCACAGUUCCAAAUGUUUUCGGCAGAACCCAAGACUCCAGAUGUCCAAAAGUUGUUGCAGCAUCCCCAGGAUCGUUUCAGUUUUGGUGUAAAAGCAUGUUGGGUGCAAUUUUGCAUUCAGAUUUGUUCCUGUAAUUACAUGUUCAACAGGAGUCCUGGGAGUUAAUGGUUUUCUCUGUAAAACUAAUUGGGGGAACCUGACUACAAAAUGGAAUGAUGGAAUCUUGAGGAAAUUCUUUCUAAUUGGCUGUUGUUUAGGCUUUAUUUUAAAACACUGCUGCUGCUUUCACUCGUGAUGCAGUUACUGAAUCACUGUAUAAGGCACAAGGAGCCGUAGCUAUAUGAUCAUCAGCUCACAAUUAAAUUUACAAGUACUGGAGAUUUCAUUAGGAAGUCUUAGACUUCAAGAGACAGAUACGUCAUUCACAUAAAUUUUAUUUAAGAAAAAUUAUUACAGUCGUUCUUAUUACAGUUGUUUUUCCAAAGCUAAUAAAAUGAUAGAAAUAAAAUCUGUCUCCAUCCUCAGAGAUCUUCAAAACGUGACUGGGCACAGCCCUGAGCAAUCUCACCUGGCUUCCACGUUAUCCCUGCCUUGAGCUGGGCAGACCAGAGAGGUUUCUUCCAAUGGAAUUACUUUUAUGAUGCUGUUUUUUACUGCUUUCAUACCUCAAAACAGAGCUAACUCAAGAGAGCAGUUGGCUGCAUGAACUGUAACUGCUCUGCCAUCCCAGGGCUGCUUUGCAGCUAUUUCUUCCCCAAAAAAUUCUCUAGAAAUGGAUACUCAACUCUAUUUUCUUCCCAGUCUCUCUGUUUAAAAUCUGGACUACAGACUCCACCCAAGUCAGUGAAGAGAAAGGAAAAUCAGACUUACUGGAAGUUCAUAACCAGCACUUCUGGGCGCUCAGUGAGGUUCCUUCCAUCAUAAAUUAAUGCUGUUUUCACCUCUAAGAUUUUUUUUUUCAUUCCAGGGAGGUAUUCCUUCUUAAAGGCAUAUUUUUAACUGUGACAUCCUCUUUGAUGAGCUGGCUUGCUGUUUCUUGCUUCUUUAAGAGCCAAGGUGGGGCACCCCCCCAGUGAGAGGGACACUGGCAGGUCUGAGGCACACGCUCUGGGAUGUAGAGAUGGAGAAUUUCUGAGGAGGGAAGGACCACAACCAGCAGCACCAUUAGCUCUGCCAGCAGCAGAAAUAAGAGCACUUGGGGCCUGAUUUGUGCACAGGACACACAACCAUGUAAAUAAAUACCACACUUGUUUGUCCUGGGCGUAACAGAGCUUUUUUGGUCUAAUUUCUGGUAAAUGCUUUGUCUGUUUUGUGUCUGUACAAUCCAACCCACCCCAGCAUUUCAGAAGCCUCAUGGACGAGUAGAAGGCAGUAGGCAGUUUUCUUCCUCUCUGAACACACACCAGUUUGAGACCAACUCAGCCUACAGGUCCAUAGCUAUACAGUGUAUUCUGUAAGAUAGAGGUAUGUGAGAAUAAUAUAUCAGAGUUUUGUUUUGGCUGUACUGUAUGUAUUUGCUUCAUUGGAAAAGCUAAAAUCAAUAAAAAUUGCUGGAAUUUCUUCAA